AUGGCCAGAUCUAGAGUUGCACCAAAGCGUCGACAAACCAUACCAAGACUAGAGCUAUGUGCUGCAUUAAAUGGAGCACAGGUAGCUAAACUCUUAGAAAAUGAGCUUACUUUAACAAUAAACCAAGUGGUUCUGUGGUCUGAUUCCACAACGGUGUUAUCCUGGCUUCAGUCUGAAUCCUGCCGCUUUAAAGUAUUUGUGGGAACCAGAAUAGCUGAAAUCCAAGAAUUAACAGAUCGUCAUUCUUGGAGGUAUGUGGACUCCAACAGGAAUCCAGCAGAUGAUAUCACACGGGGUCGAAUGCUAGCUGAAUUGUCUGUACCAUACAGAUGGAAUCAAGGCCCAUCAUUCCUUUUUAAACCUGAGUCAGAAUGGCCAGUAAGGCCAAAUAUUACGGUUCCAGAAGUUGAAGCAGAGCAACGGAAGAGUGUCUUCUGUGGUAGUACGGUGACGUCUCAUCUAAUUCCUAACCCUAAGGAAUACCAUACAUGGAUGGAAUUAGUAGAAGCUGUAGUUCAAAGCAGGAGUGACCAAACCAUUCCUACCGCUGAAGACUAUCGAAUGUCAGAAUUUCUUAUCUUUCAAAAUUCACAGUUAGACAGUUUUCCUGAGGAAUAUAUGUUGCUGAAGAAUGGAAAGCCUGUUCCUGCCACCAGCCGACUUCUUACUUUAGCACCAGAGUUUGACACAUCAUGUCAGCUUAUCCGAGUUGGAGGGCGAUUGCGCCGUAUUGAAGAGAUUGAGCAGUCAUCAAUUCAUCCUAUUGUUUUAGACCCUCACCAUCCAGUCACUAAAUUAAUUACUCAAGAAUAUGAUGCCAAACUUCAUCAUCCAGGUCCAGAGAGAGUGUUUGCCGAAUUAAGGAGAAAUGUCUGGAUCCUAAGAGGCAGAGAAGCAGUUCGCAAAUUCCAACAUACUUGCACCGAUUGCCGUAAACAAAAGGCAAAGCCCCUUAUCCCUAAAAUGGCAGACCUACCCCUAGCAAGAUUGAGGCUUCAAAAACCUGCUUUUUUCAGCACUGGCAUGGACUGCUUUGGACCAUUUCAGGUUAAGAUAGGUAGGCGUUGUGAGAAGAGAUGGGGCAUUAUCUUUAAGUGUCUCACUACCCGAUGUGUGCAUUUGGAUGUUCUCAAUAGUAUUGACACAGAUUCCUUCCUAAUGGCACUCCGAAGGUUCAUAGCUCGAAGGGGCACACCCUACGAGCUAUUGUCUGACCAAGGCACAAAUUUCCGUGGUGGAGAGAGGGAGUUAACAGAAACAUUUUCCACCCUUAGUUCAGAGCUUCAGAAAUUGCUUGCAAAGCAAAAAAUCAAUUUCCGAUUUAACCCACCAGGAGCACCACAUUUUGGUGGCGCAUGGGAGAGAGAAAUUCGGUCCGUGAAGCAGGCCCUUUACACCACAAUAGGUUCACAGUCGGUGUCUGAAGAAGUACUUAAAACCGUUCUCAUUGAAAUAGAAGGAAUCUUGAACAGUAAGCCUCUGGGUUAUGUGUCAUCAAACAUUGCCGACUUGGACCCAGUUACACCUAAUUUCCUACUGAUGGGGCGGCCUGAUAGUUCUCUACCACAGGUUGUCUAUCCCGUUAAUGAGCUGAUGGGGCGGCGGAGAUGGAGACAGAGUCAAGUGCUUACUGAACAAUUCUGGUCAAGUUUUGUUAAAUACUAUCUACCCAGUUUACAGGCCAGACAGAAGUGGCAUAAGGAGCCUGAAAACCUACUAGAAGGGAUGGUAGUCAUGCUCAUUGAUCCUCAGCUUCCUCGAGCACUUUGGUCAAUAGGCCGAAUUGUUAGAACCUUCCCCAGCCCAGAUGGUCAUGUAAGAGCUGUAGAGGUGAAGGUGAAGGAUAGACUCUAUACUAGGCCUGUUGCUCGUCUUAUUCCCCUUCCAGACAUUCAACAUCAGGACUCUGAUAUUAAUAAAUCAUAA